AUGGCCGCGCGACCCCAAAUUUGGAUUGUGGGCCGUUCACAAGAAGCCAAGCUAACAAUGAGACUAGAUGAACCCCGCCGUUCAGGCCGAGCCACCAAGGGCCAACACAAGAACCUCGAACUACCAGAUGACACCGGCAAGAAAGGCAAAAGCAAAAGCCCGAAAGAAAAGAGCGCGAAACUAUCUACCGAACCCACACCCGGUCCAAGUGAAGGCGAAGGGGAAGAAGAAGAAAUCAUCCGAUGUAUCUGUGGUGAAUAUGAAGAAGAAGAGGAUGUGGAGCGCGACAUGAUCUGCUGUGAUCAAUGUUCUGCAUGGCAACACAAUGAUUGCAUGGGCCUGACGUUCCCAAAAGGGCAGGAACCGGAUCAAUAUUUCUGUGAACAAUGCCGACCAGAGAACCACAAAGUGCUUCUGGCGAGGAUGCAAGCGGGCGAGAAGCCCUGGGAAGAGGUCGCCGAAAAACGUCGCAGAGAGGCAGAGGAGAAGAAGUCUAAGCGAAAGAAGGGCAAGAAGGGCGGCCGCAAAGCUAGACCCAGUGAGAGCAGAACAGAUGCCGGCACCCCUGCUCGUACUGCACCGUCCACUACGCCUGGUCCCAGUGGUUCUCCUGCAACUGGGGCCAUAACUGCGUCCGCGGAACCAGAGAAGAAUGGCCACGCCAAUGAUUCUCGGCGAUCAAGCACCAACAAGCGCAAGCUCGAAGAGACGACCGAGAAUGACAAGGGCCCACAAGUUAAGCAGCAACGAACCUCUCCACAGUCUAUUCCAGCAGCUGUCCCACAAUCGACCACGCCUCAAAUCAAGGCAGACAAUACCCCGGAGGCUCGUGCUGUUGGAAGUUUGGAUGAACUUAUGCCUGCUCGCAAGGGUGUGGCCACACAUCUCAUCAAGAUGUUUGUAGACCAAAUCGCUGCGGCUCAGAAAGCAGGCACCUUUACCUUGCGUGAAAACCAAUCAGUGGAGGAUCUCGCACGGUAUCUUGGUCUUUCCAUCGAAGAUGGGAUCUAUGAGAAUUUCUGCGCGCGGUCAGGCGAGCCAACAGAUUCGUAUAGGCUCCAAUUUCGGACGAUCAUGUUCAACAUAAAAAAGAAUACCUCUCUGCGAGACCGUUUGCUCGUAGGGAGUCUCUCUCCUAAGGCUCUAUCCCAGAUGUCGUCAAAAGAGAUGGCCAGCGAGGAGUUGCAGCAGAAGGACGCCGAGAUCAAGCGCGAGGCAGACAGACAGCGCACCAUUAUUCAAGAACAGGCUCCUCGCAUUCGUCGCACCCAUAAGGGCGAAGAGUUGAUCGAGGACGAGACCCAUGGUGCAAAUGAGUCAGUGUUUUCCCGAGGACCCCGUCACGUUCCGGGCGAUGACGGCAGCCCAGCCGAGGCCUCGACGAGCGCAACGGGAUUGCAGCAAUCCAAGGCAGACGGAAUUGCGCGUGGUCUCUCGCCCGAGGGCGCUCACCAUGAUCAUGUCUUCCCGGAAAUGGAAAUGCCCCCCAGUAUCCACGACCCAGUGCCUACCGGCAGGGUUCAAGCGGAUGCCGAGAUCGAUCAACUCUUACGCGACGAUGACAUCGACUCUCCCCCCUAUUCGCCGAAAGACUUUAACGAUGAUGGAGCCAUCUGGCGCGGCAGGGUCACAAUGCCUCCUAUCGGGGAAUUUAAUUCUACCGCGAAGCACGUGGGGGGUGCUGACCUGAGUGGCCGGAUCCCAUGGAGCCACUUGGUGCCCUCAAAUCUGCAUGUUGAUGGGCGUAUCGACAUCAGACGAGCGACCGAUUAUCUCUGCGGUCUUCAGUUCAGCAAGUCUACCGAUGUCUCCGUGAUCGCCGUCAGCAGCCCCGAUAAGCCCGAAGACCGAGCAGGCUUUGACAAACUGUUCGACUAUUUCCAUAGCCGUGAACGCUAUGGUGUCAUCGGGAAGCACCCCUUGUCCGCCGUGAAAGAUACCUACCUCGUCCCCAUGGAGGUCGGCACCACCAAAAUGCCAGAAUUCAUCGAACUCCUCGAAAACAUCUCCUUGGAAGCGCCUAUUCCUCACCGCAUGCUUCUCACCAUCUUCGUCGUCAAGACCAGCGAGUCCAACCCUCCGUCGGUCCAGCCGCCAUCGCACCAGGCUAGCCAGGAGCCUCCCACAUUCGCGAGCCCCUUCAGCACUGGAAUUGCGCCCACACCCCCCUCCCACUUUGCCGGAUUCAACCACAACCCUGCGCCAUAUGGCGAGGCAGCGCCGCAACACCAACCUGCCCUGACAGGCCUCGCCGCUGCGGUGCACCUCCUAGGCACACAAGUGGAUGCACCCGCCAUCCAACAGCUCCUGAAGACCGCACCCAAUGUGGACAUGGCCCAGCUGGAAGUCGUUCGCAAGAUUCUGAAUCAUCAACCUGCCGCCGCCCAUCAUUAUGACACUUUGAUGCAAGCCAUUUUCGAGGCCCAAGCCAAUGGCACCGUACCUCAGUAA